AUGCAGUCGUCUGGUUGGAAACCGGGCACAGCCCUUGGCGCCUCCUCUAUACCUAUACCUGCUCAUGAAACUAGUGCUGCCAAAGUUCGAAUCGCUGUGAAGGACGACAUGCUAGGACUAGGCGCCAGCUUGAAGAGCAAGAAUGUCGAGCACCAACGAACGGGUCUUGAUGCGUUCCAGGGCCUACUAGGUCGUCUCAACGCUAAGUCAGAGGAGGAAGUGAAAGAGGCAGAGAAAAAGACCGAGAAUAAAAAAUUAGCCACGUUCGCCCAAGGCCGUUGGGGCGGUAUGGUCUUUGUUCCAGGCGGUCUGCUUGUGCAGGAAGACCCGCGGAGCACAAAGGCCGACGAAAUCAAAGGAAAUGAGGACGAAUCAGCCUCGCCUUCUGACGAUGAAACAAAUCUACCUUCGAAACACAAUACUGCAACAGCAAGGGCAGUUGAGUCGUCAGAGGAGCGAGCGAACCGCAAGGCUGAAAAGAGAAGGAGGAAAGAGGAACGUAGGAUAAGACGAGAAGCAAAAAAGAAAAGGAGGCUUGUCAAUGAGGCAUCGUCGCAAUCUGCUACAGACACGCCCGAUACAGCAGAAGAGACAACAACAGGUACCUCGACGCCUCUAGCAAUACCAGAGGCCAAUAUCACAACAGCCACGCAACACCGCUUGCGGAACGGGCGACAUUUACUAAGAGGGAAGAACAUCCACGCAAAGAGUAACGUCGGAAUCGUCAACGGACUAAAUGCCACAGAAAUGCGUGAGAUCUUCGAUGCUAUGCGACACGACGCGCCGAUGGGGGCCACUGUUGCAGAAACGCUAGAACGGCUGAAGGGCAUUAAUAUGACUGACGAGGAUAAGGAAAAUAGCAGGCUUCGAGAUCAGGUCAAGAGCGACGUAGAGUCAGCUCGUGGAAACCGACGAACAUUUGAAGAGUUCAUGCGAGAACGAAGGGGAGAAAGAGGCUCUCUGAAUGCACAAGUCACAGAUGUCGAGGACGAAGAUGACCAGGAAAUAGUUGAUUAA